AUGUCACAACAUUAUGGUGUGAACCAAAUAAUUCAAAAUAGUCCAACAACUCCUGAGGGAGAAAGAAGCAGUAACUUAACCCCACUCGAUGAUCCAAGGGUUCCACAACAAGAAAAAUGGGGUGCAAAAGAAGAUGAUGCGCUCGUUUCGGCUUGGGUAGAAUGUUCAGUUGAAGAUCCAGAGACGGCAACAGAUCAAAGUUUGGCCAUAAUGUGGAGGAACAUACAAUCCCUUUAUGAUCAAGCCAGAGAAGAAAAUCCAUCUACCAUGCGCCCUAGAACUUUAAGAUCUAUGAAAAGUCGGUGGGCAAGAAUAAAUAAAGAUGUGAGUACAUGGGUUGGUUGCUAUAGUGAAGCAAAAAAAAGGUAUAUGAGUGGUACCAACACUCAUGAUAAAAUGACCGAAGCUCAUGAAAUAUAUAGAGGGACGUGUAAUGGUUCACGCUUUGGUUUAAUUGGUUGUUGGGAGAUGUUGAGAGAGUUAGACAAAUGGAAGCCAAUAGACCUAGAUUUACCUUCUAGUGAUGGUGGAAAUUCGAAAAGAUCAGAACCAGAUACUCCAACUGAUGAAGAUCCAAAAACUCAUACUCGUCGCCGUCGUCCUGACGGGGUGAAAGCAUCAAAAAGAAAAGGUAAAUCUAUUGUCAAUUCUGGAAUUCAAAUAGGGGGUAGUUCUGAAAUUAAAAAUUUAGAGUCGUUUACCGAAGCCCUAUUAGAGAUGAAUGUGAUGAAAGGUCAACACAAAGAUGUUGAUGAAAGGCGAAUUGAUGUAGCAGAACGUAUGCUAGAGUAUCAAAAGGAGCGAGAUGCCAUCAAAGCUCGGAAGAAACAAGAAGAAAAAAGGUUCAAGCUAUUUAAUGUCCUUCUUGCAAAACCAAUUCUAUCUGAAGAAGAAAAGGAAAUAUAUCUAAAAUUAAAGCAAGAAUUUGCACAUCUUCUAGGCUAG